UAUCAGCCGCUGCAUACACAACAAAACUCAUAGCAGAAAUUACAACAGGAAAGAUUUUCGGGGAAGAGGGGAAGGAAAUCGGGCAGGAAAGGAGAAGAGAGUUGGGAACUAGAGUGUCUUGGAGUCUCUCCCAGAGUUUAGAGCUUCGUUAUUGAAAGUGAUCAAGAGAGCAGAACGAGUUCUUGGAAAGAGUUGAAAAGAAGGAAUCUUGAAAUACUUCCCCAUUCACUUUUUCCAAGAUCUUCCAUCCAGUCUGAGAUGGAUGUCGGAUGUUACCUCCAACGGAUUGGAUUCCAAGGUGCCUCCGCCUGCCCUUCUUUGGAGACCCUCAAGGGCCUCCACCGUUCCCAUCUCUUCUCUGUACCCUUUGAGAGCCUCAGCAUCCAUUGUCAAGAGCCCAUCUGCCUGGAAUUGCCUCGUUUGUAUGAGAAGAUUGUCCAAAACAACCGGGGUGGGUUUUGUUAUGAACUGAAUGGACUUUUCCAGUGGUUGUUGCAAGCUUUGGGAUUUGAAACCAAAAUCUUAGCGGCACGUGUCAGGAACCGCUUCACGCAGUGUUAUGGUCCUCCGUUGGACCACUUGAUCAUUUUGGUAGACUUGGACAGACAGCAGUUCCUCUGCGAUGUUGGGUUCGGAGAAGGUUUCCUGGAACCGUUAGAGCUGAAGCCGGAGGUGGAACAAGUUCAAGAAGGAGGCAUAUUUUGGUUGAGCCUGGAAGGAGCUACUUGGGUACUGGAACGUCGGGAAAUUUCUGGAGAAAGGGAGAGAUUCCUCUAUAAAUUCACCCUAGAGGAGAAGCAACUGGAAGACUUUUAUGACAUGUGUCUUUACCACCAGACUUCACCCUGUUCUAUCUUCACCUGCAAAUCCUUUUGUUCGUUGCACAAAGCAGCUGGUGGGCGUCUAACCUAUAUGGGUCAGCGGCUCAUUUUCACAACCGGAAAGGAGCGUACGGAAAUGAUCUUGCAGGACUCUGAGAUCCCAACCGUUCUCUUUGAUCAAUUUGGGAUAAAACUGAAGAACUUUAAACCCAAGGAUGAAAAAAUCCUGCCACCUCCUCAACAAGAUUAACCAGUGGGAGAAAGGUGAUCUCUUUUUUAGAUUGUAAUGAAAUAUGGGAUUGGGCAGGUUGAUUGAUGAAGGAUCUAUUGAAGAUCAUGCCCGGGAUCAUGCUUGUGAUUCUGUAAGGGUUAAGAGAUAUUCCAACUAAUUAAGUUUGGAUAUCCUACUGAUUAGCACUAUAGUGUUGAAGCAAUUACUGGAUCAUCAUUUAGAUUUUUAAGGAACCCUGCAUGUGAUUUUGCCUGUAUUUGUACACUUAUCAAUGACUGCUACAUAAAAGAUGAACCAAGA